UAUAAGAGGUGAGCGUGCCCGGAGCUGGCAGUACAUGAAAAGCAAUCAAACGAAUAACAUUAAAGCGUCUAACGCAAACUUUAAUAAUAAUAAUUAUUAUAAAACGAACAAAAGUGAGACAACAACAAACAACAAAAUGUCUGCAAUUGGAAUUGAUUUGGGAACAACAUAUUCCUGUGUGGGAGUUUGGCAACAAGGAAAAGUGGAAAUAAUCGCCAACGAUCAGGGCAAUCGAACAACACCCAGCUACGUUGCCUUCACAGAUACGGAACGUCUUAUUGGCGAUGCCGCCAAAAAUCAAGUGGCUAUGAAUCCGGCGAAUACCGUUUUCGACGCCAAAAGGUUAAUUGGACGAAAAUUUGACGACCCCAAAAUCCAGAGUGACAUCAAACACUGGCCGUUUAAAGUCGUCAACGAUGGAGGCAAGCCAAAGAUCGACGUCGAGUUCCGCGGUGAAAGAAAGAGGUUCAAUCCAGAGGAGGUCAGUUCAAUGGUUCUGACGAAAAUGAAGGAAACAGCAGAGGCAUAUCUCGGCAAAACAGUGAGGGACGCGGUGGUAACAGUGCCAGCGUAUUUCAACGACUCACAGCGUCAGGCCACCAAAGACGCCGGUGCAAUUGCCGGACUCAACAUCUUGCGAAUCAUCAAUGAACCCACAGCCGCUGCACUCGCCUACGGUCUCGACAAAAAUCUCAAGGGCGAAAAGAACAUCUUAAUAUUCGAUCUAGGCGGUGGAACAUUCGACGUCUCCGUACUAACCAUCGACGAAGGUUCACUAUUCGAGGUGAAAUCAACAGCAGGCGAUACCCAUUUGGGUGGCGAGGAUUUCGAUAACAGACUCGUGGAACAUCUUUGCAAGGAAUUCGAACGAAAGUUCAAGAAGAGCUUAAGCCAAAACCCACGAAGUCUUCGGCGAUUGAGAACAGCUGCCGAGAGGGCUAAACGAACACUGUCGUCAAGCACCGAAGCCACCAUUGAGAUCGAUGCACUCUACGAGGGUUUGGACUUUUACACCAAAGUGUCGCGUGCACGUUUCGAGGAAUUGUGCGCCGAUUUAUUCCGAGCGACACUCGAACCCGUUGAGAAGGCAUUGGCGGACGCUAAAAUCGACAAGAGAUCAAUCGACGAAGUUGUACUGGUCGGAGGUUCAACGCGCAUACCAAAGAUCCAGAGUAUGCUGCAGAAUUUCUUCUGUGGCAAGCAGUUGAAUUUGUCCAUCAAUCCCGACGAGGCUGUCGCUUAUGGAGCGGCUGUACAAGCGGCUAUUCUCAGUGGCGACGGCGGUGCGAAUACAACUCUCCAGGACGUUCUUCUAGUGGACGUUGCACCACUGUCACUGGGCAUCGAAACAGCCGGUGGGGUCAUGACGAACAUCAUCGAGCGCAACGCACGUAUUCCUUGCAAACAAUCACAAACAUUCACCACCUACGCCGACAAUCAACCCGGCGUCAGUAUUCAGGUGUACGAAGGCGAACGCGCAAUGACAAAGGACAAUAAUCUUCUGGGUAGAUUCGAACUCAGUGGAAUUGCACCUGCACCACGAGGUGUGCCCAAGAUCGACGUCACCUUCGAUAUGGAUGCAAAUGGUAUUCUUCACGUGACCGCUAAGGACACGGCCAGUGGGCGAAGCAACAACAUUCGCAUCACUAAUGACAAGGGUCGAUUAUCAAGGGAGGAGAUCGAUCGAAUGCUGGCCGAGGCUGAACGAUAUCGGGAUCAAGAUCAACAGCAGCGGGAGAAGGUUGAGGCUAGGAAUAAAAUCGAGAGCUAUGUGUUCACUGUCAAGCAGGCGGUUCAGGAGUGUGGCGAGAGAUUGAAUGAUUCGGAGAAGAAGACCGUUUUGGAUCUGUGCGAGGAGACUAUUCGCUGGCUCGACAAUAACACCCUGGCCGAGAAGGAGGAAUUUGUCCACAAGUUGGAGGAGAUACAGAAAUUGUGCGCGCCUCUCAUGACGAAAAUUCAUCAAGGUGGUGGUGGGGCCUCUGCUUAUGGAGCGCAAAACUGUGGGAGUCAGUUUAGACAAGGUGGUCAACAACAAGGAUACUCGGGACCCACUGUGGAGGAAGUGGACUAAACAUCUGAGUCCAAGACUUGAGCCUAAGACUGAACAUCUGAGUCUAAGGCUAACAAACAAGGCAACAACUAGAACAUCUGAGUCUACAUCAACAGUACCUGUUUCAUCAACUAAUUUAUAAAAAAAAGACUUUGCAGUAUUUUCAAAAAAAAAGUGUUUGAGACUGAUUAUAUUUUUAACAAGUUGUUUCUAGAACUCAAGAUUAAUAUUGUAAAAUUAGUUUUCAUGUCGGGGCUGAACGUUCUGUUCACACCUUGUAUAAUUUCCUCCGCUGACAGAAUUAGAAAAUAGUUUUCAUAAAUUUGAUUUUGAAUCGUUAAAUUUUUCAAAGACAGAUUUAUGACAUCUUUUUUCUUUUCGAAUGACAAUGGAAGGAAUUUCCUAGGUUGCAAAACGCCUAGUCCUGUUUUUUUUACAGAUUAAUUGUCUAUCUUUAACUUUUUACCAUAGAUUAAAAUGCAUUGUAUCGAUUAUUGUAUAUGGGAUAAUGUAUUUUCAUCGUGUUGAAAAAUUUUCCAGAUAGAUUUUUAAACUGAGUACAUUGUGAUAAAGUCGUUCGUAAAUAAAGUUUAUUUAUCAUUUUUACAUAGAAAAAAA